UGUUCUUCUCGCUCCUUCGCGGCGAUGGCGUCAGAAGGUGUUGAGCAUCGCAUGACGAAACGCCAGGCCGCCAUUGCUGCUGUUGAGGCUGCGGCAGGUGUGGCUCAGAAGCGCAAGCCGUCGAUGGAUGUUGGCGUGAGCAGCGACGGUGAUGAGGAGGAGGAUGGGUCAGAGUCGGAGGACAGGGGCCGCCGCACCACCAAGGUCGCCAAGAAGAAGCAGCGGGUGGAUGAGAAGGACAAGGCGGCUGCCGGCAAGGCCAAACCCAAGAAGAAGGGUGGCAGAUCUAAGGCUCAAGCGGCAGACGAGGACCAUCAGAUGGAGGUACGCUCGCAUCACGCGAUGGGAGGGCACACCAGGGACCGGCAUGGCUUGAGCAUUGCUCGUCCAUGGCUCGCUGCUGUCUGUGUUUCGUGUGUUUGCCCGUCAGGAUGUGGUCGAGUUGUUUCCUGCCGACCCGCUGGAGGCUCUCAAGGCCGUGGCGCAGAAGCUACAGACGCAGAUCCAGCGCGUCGAACACGCCAAAGCAAAGGUGAGCGAGAGGGAGAGGGGCAGGGUGAGGAUCACCGGAGAGGAAUGUGUGGGGUGUUGUGUGUGUCGUCCUGCCUGCGUUCAGGCUAAGGAGUUGUAUGAGUUGAAGAUGGGCCUCGCCGCACCCGAAUCGCACACAGAGCAGAAUCGCAUACGGGUGAGGAUGACAGCCAGACACACACCUGACACAACACAUUCCGCCUGCUCACGCCUGCGCUUUGUUGUGUAUGUGUGUGUGGCUGGCUGAUGAUGUAGGACGUUGACUGCCACUACCGCGUGUUGACGGCGAUGGCGACGGCUGAUGCUGAGGCCCACGCAACCCACACUGACACGACCGUCAAGCGGCAGCUGGACCGGUGCGUCGCCAAACUCCAAAUCAUACAAGACAAAAUCGACAAACUACACGACGAGGAGGUGAAUACAUUGUACAUGGGAGGGCACAAGGCGCGGCCACAUACAUGUGUGGCUUUGUCUGUGCAGGUGGUUGAGCCGUGCCUCGAGGGGCUGCCUGAAACCCUCUGGAUGAGCAGCGACGAGAAAUUCGGUACGGGAAGAGAUUGGACGACGAGUCCAGGGGACGGGGAGGAUGCAUGUGUUGUGUGUGUUGGUGUGUGUCAGGACUUGGUGCCUUCGUUGGUUUCGUGCCAUGUCUGACGUCGCUGUCAGCUGUGAGCACCCACUUCCACACCCUCACCCAGGACAGCAACAUGCACCCCAUCAUCGAACUCAACAUCUCACCGCCCAAUGACAUCGCUAACGAACUGCCCGGUACGCAAAAGGGAUGACUUGUAAUGUGUGCCCGUCUCCAUCUGUGUAUCGGUGCUGUGUCUUAAUUCAGGUCGUUUCUCGAAGUGCAAGGACAUUUCAAUCAUGCCCCCACACCCGCCCUCAUCCGUCUGCUCGAGAGCCUCAAGGACACCAUCACGAGUAUCGACCUGAACGGCUACGGGGGGAUUCCAUUGGGCGAGACGGAGGAGCAGAUCGUCUUCCCGCAACUCCACAAGGCAGCCGUCCAGGGGGCGUGGGGUGGCGUCGCACGAGAUCGCAACUUCAAACUCCCAGCCCUCAAGCACCUGAGUGGUGACACAUUCAGUCGCCAUGGGGGAUACUCUCGGCAUCACGCGGUCAGCCCUCGCACACACGGAAAUGGAUGCGGCACACGACACGUGUGUUGGUGGGUGUUCAUGCAGGUGGUGCCGUGGAUUGACAGCGCAUGUGACGGCCUGACAUCCAUCCACUCUACCUACGUUCAAGUAAGGCGCACGGACAGGCAGCACGUCGUCGCACACUCCAGACUAAUCAUGCUGUGUGUCCGGUGUGUCAUGCUGUGGUGCAUCAGUCGCUCAGAGACGUCGCUGCUGCCAUCAGGGACACGCCAACUGGUGAGAAGCUUGCGGCAGGGGAUAUUGCCAUCGAGACAGCACCCGUUGUGUGCCUCCAUGUGGCGACAGCCAAGACUCUCACGUCCCUCUCCGGCUUCAAAUUCUCGGGCAACGACCAGGACCACAACCCGUACGCGCACCACCCUUGGUACCCCUACGGCCUCGGCGGCGGCAAGGCCCCCGAGGAUGAGCUCAGUGACCUCAUCUCAGCCCCCCAGGGAGCCAAGCUGCAGAAGAUUGAGAUGCGCUUCCCCAACAUGCCGACACCCAAAAGUAUCCAGGUGAGCAUGAGAAGACAUCGACUCACCAGCGGUCGAUUUCUGUGUUGGCUGCCAUCUAGAGAAUUCAUCGGUUCCGAGCUGCCUGCCUCGCACCUGACGCGAUCGAGACGUACAGCCCGACCAUCCACCUGUGGCUGCCCUUCAAAGGCGACGCCGCCCCCCUCGCCACCUGCCUCCCCACCGUGCAGCUGUGCUGCGCCAAAGCCGACAGCGUGACGCUCAUGUCGCAUGCAGAGGACGGGACGGGGACGGCCGCCCUCAGCCCCCUGGUGUGCGAACGGGCCCGAAAGCUGACCAUCCAAUGCAGCUACCGUGACCAGCAGCCCCCGCAGCCAGCGUAUCCACACUACCUCGCCCACCAUGCUCAAGCGCCGCCCCGUGUCACGCAGCCCAUCCCGUCCUACAUCACGUCCAAUGCCCACUGCCUCUUCCCCAGUGUGGUGUCGCUGGGUGUCUAUGAGCGAGAUGCGGGUAUGCGCGUGUAUGCGGGAGGGGCGGGCGUCUGCAUGGGGUCGCUGCCAUCGCUCGAGAAGGUGUCGUUUGAGGUGCGUGUGAAGCCCGACCCGAGUGCUGAGCUGUGUCUGGUGCCUGCCGGUCUGAGUUUUCUGUCGAGUCAAGGCAACAAUCUGACGGUCAAAUCGUCGAUCGACGCUGACGUUGACCGCUACCUGUAUGGUGGCCCGGCCAACACAGCGCCAGCUGACGAAUUGUCUCUGAAUUGGCGUGUGUACAGCGGGGAGGGGGAUGCAGGCAGACAGGUCAUGGAGCGUCGUGUGUCUCGCCUCGAAAUUGAGCUGCGUGUGUCUCUGCGCCACAGCCGCGGGCAGACCGGCCUGUCCUGCGCUGCUGCCAAGGACAUGUGCCAAUCGUUCGCCGACUGUGUCGCUGAGGCCUUCGACAGCUGCCCCUCUCUGUCGUGUGUCGUGCUGGCGCUGCCUUACUUGUACGGUUCCCGCUUUUCGCUGGUCGACAAUGUGAGAGAGGGGGCUCAGAGGCGAUUCAGAGUCGCCAAAGAACAGGGGCAGAGAGCGGUGGGCCACAGUCACUGUGUGUUGUGUUGCGCCCAAGUCAGGCCAAGCAGAAGGUCAAGAAAGAGACACACACCAACGAGGCAGACACAGUCAUGAAGACAGAGGAGGAGUGAGGAGAGAAAGGCAGACAGGCCGGUGUCCGUGUCUUUUUUAUCGCAUGAAUGCAUGGGCUUUGUACAGCCGAACCAACGCCCAUCGUGGCCGUACGUAUUCUUGAAAAGAACAGACAGACAGACAGAUGACAGACAGAGGUACCGGUGGGCAGAGAUGGGUUGUGUGCAAGUCUGCAGAGAAUCUUCGUUGCGUGCCGCAUGCAUGACUCAGAUGGCCCGCCUCUUGCAAUUGAAAUUGG